AUGACUCAAUCGCUCAAGGACACGAUGAAGUCGGCAGGAAUAUACUUUCUAGUUAUAUGUGCAUUCCUGUUCACCUCGUUCUACAAUGUUGCGUCUGACGUGGCCAUUCAACGACCUGCGGCACCAUCGCAAGGAUUGGCCGGGACGACCGCAGCCGUGAUAGCAGCAACCCGCGCGAAUGGAUCCUCCUCGACUGUUGUCACCGGCAGUACAGUCGGUGCGGUACCACCAACGGCUUCACCCGUUCCGGCGCCGGCUACGUUUGCGAAAAAUGGCACUGCAGUCAACACUGCACCAUCGCUGGCAGCGACCGCAACUGCGGCAAGUACAACUGGCGCCAACAGCAGUGCGUCCGUGACCAUGUCACCCGAAAAGAGUGCCGUGGAGCAGGAACACUACAGCUCGAUGUCGAUAUUUUUCGUCCUGUGUGUAAUUGCGCUGGGGAUUUUGCUGAUUCACAUGAUGCUGCAGACGGGCUUCCAGUAUCUGCCAGAAAGUAUUGUGGUCGUAUUUUUGGGCGCACUGAUCGGUUUAAUCCUGAACGUUUCAUCCGUGAAGCAUAUCGCCAACUGGGAGCGUGAGGAAGUGUUUUCACCGACCGCCUUUUUUCUAGUGCUGUUGCCUCCGAUCAUCUUCGAAUCGGGGUAUAAUUUGCAUAAGGGUAACUUUUUCCAAAAUAUCGGUUCGAUUCUGGUGUUUGCCAUCAUUGGUACGACCAUUUCGGCGCUGGUGAUUGGUUCCGGUGUUUAUCUACUCGGUCUGGCGGAAGUUGCCUACCGGUUGAACUUUGUCGAAUCGUUCGCCUUUGGGUCUCUGAUUUCUGCAGUCGAUCCAGUGGCAACGGUUGCGAUCUUCCACGCACUCAACGUAGAUCCUGUAUUGAACAUGUUGGUGUUUGGUGAGUCGAUCUUAAACGAUGCGAUUUCCAUCGUGCUUACCACAACCGUAAUGCCGAUGGUGUCGGAUUCCGGUACCAAUGCCAGCACUGGAGAGUCCAUCUUUUCCGCUCUCAACACCUUCUGCAUGAUGUUCUUCGCCUCGGCUGGCAUAGGCGUUGUGUUUGCGCUGAUGAGUGCACUUCUGCUGAAGCACAUCGAUCUACGCAAGCAUCCUUCGCUGGAGUUUGGCCUGAUGCUGGUCUUCACCUACGCGCCAUACGUUCUGGCCGAAGGUAUUCAUCUGUCCGGUAUUAUGGCAAUUCUGUUUUGCGGUAUUGUGAUGUCACACUACACCCAUUUCAACCUGUCCACGGUGACGCAAAUCACGAUGCAGCAGACAAUGCGAACCCUUGCCUUCAUCGCCGAAACGUGUGUGUUCGCAUACCUAGGACUGGCCAUAUUUUCCUUCAAGCAUCGCUGCGAGCUAUCGUUCGUGAUCUGGGCAAUCGUGCUGUGUCUUAUAGGGCGCGCUUGCAACAUCUUCCCGCUGGCCUGGCUGGUGAACCGGUUCCGAGAGCACAAAAUUACCAACCGAAUGGCUUUCAUCAUGUGGUUCUCGGGGCUGCGUGGAGCAAUUUCGUACGCGCUCUCGCUUCAUAUGCAGUUCUCUACGGAGGAAUCCCGGCACGUCGUUAUCACGACCACGCUCAUUAUCGUGCUGUUCACAACGCUGUUCUUCGGCGGUUCCACGAUGCCGCUGAUGAAGUAUCUUCAGGGCGGAAAGAAGGUAAAGCGAGCAUCGCGAGCUGGUCGUGCCGGACGAAAGCGGAAAGAAAAGGCACUUUCGUUGAGUAAGACGCGCGAAUGGGGACAAGCGAUUGAUUCGGAACAUCUGUCCGAGCUAACUGAGGAGGAAGAGGUCAGUUUUACGCAGUCCAGAAUUGGAGGAUUUACACGGUGGGAUCGAAAAUUCUUUACACCUUUCUUUACGCGCCGUUUUACGCAUCAGGAACUUCAUGAUUGUAAAAGCCAAAUGGCAGAUUUGACCAACAAAUGGUACCAGGCAAUAAGAAUAUCCCCGGACGAUCCGGACGAGGAAGAUGAAGACGAUCCGGAUGCGGACGCAAUAUCGGAACGAUCCACUACAAACAUCGUAUUUCCAGGACCGAGCAGUCGCAGUGGAAAAUCUUGA